GAGGGGGCCGGGCUGAGAGCGGGGCCGAGCGUAAGCCGGGGGCUGCACCAUCCCCCCCGAGCUCCUGCCCUCCUCCUCCUCCUCCUCCCCCCGGAACGGAGCCCGGCCCACCGCCGCCGGAACAAAAGGGGCGGCCGAAGGUGGCGGCGUGGCCGCUCCGCCGCUCCCCUGCUCCGCCACCAUGUCUGCCAGCGGAGGCAGCUCCCCCGGCAAUGCCGUGAAGAAGCGGAGCCCUGCCGGCUCGGCCGCCUCGCUGGCGCAGGAAGAUGAGAAGCAGGCGAUGGAGAAGAUGCUGGAAGGGGCGCAGGAAAACGGCUGUGCCCGCUCGCCAUCGCCCUGCGGCUCGGCGGAGGGGGUGACCCUGCAGCGGAACAUCACCCUGCUGAACGGCGUGGCCAUCAUCGUGGGCACCAUCAUCGGCUCCGGCAUCUUCGUCACCCCCACGGGCGUGCUGCGGGAGGCCGGCUCGCCGGGGCUGUCACUCGUGGUCUGGGCCGUGUGCGGCGCCUUCUCCAUCGUGGGCGCGCUGUGCUACGCCGAGCUCGGCACCACCAUCACCAAGUCCGGCGGAGACUACGCCUAUAUGCUGGAGGUGUACGGCUCCCUGCCCGCCUUCCUGAAGCUCUGGAUAGAGCUGCUCAUCAUCCGGCCCUCCUCGCAGUACAUCGUGGCUCUGGUGUUCGCCACGUACCUGCUCAAGCCCAUCUUCCCCACGUGCCCCGUGCCCGAUGAGGCUGCCAAGCUGGUGGCCUGUCUGUGUGUCCUGCUGCUCACAGCUGUGAACUGCUACAGUGUCAAGGCUGCCACCCGUGUGCAGGACGCCUUUGCUGCGGCCAAGCUGCUGGCGCUGGCUCUCAUCAUCAUCCUGGGCUUCGUGCAGCUGGCAAAGGGUGAUGUGGAAAACCUGACCCCUGAGAAAUCCUUCGAGGGCACCAAGGUGGGCGUUGGGAACAUCGUGCUGGCUCUGUACAGCGGCCUCUUUGCCUACGGAGGAUGGAAUUACUUGAAUUUUGUGACAGAAGAGAUGAUAAAUCCCUACAGAAACCUGCCUCUGGCUAUCAUCAUCUCCCUGCCUGUCGUCACUCUGGUGUAUGUGCUGACCAACUUGGCUUACUUCACCACGCUGAGCACGGAGCAGAUGCUGAUGUCCGAGGCCGUGGCUGUGGAUUUUGGGAAUUACCACCUCGGUGUCAUGUCCUGGAUCAUCCCUGUCUUUGUUGGCCUCUCGUGCUUUGGGUCUGUCAAUGGAUCUCUCUUCACUUCUUCCCGGCUGUUCUUCGUGGGAUCCCGAGAGGGGCACCUGCCUUCCAUCCUGUCCAUGAUCCAUCCCCGGCUCCUCACCCCUGUCCCGUCCCUCGUGUUCACGUGUGUCAUGACCCUGCUCUAUGCCUUCUCCAACAACAUCUUCUCAGUCAUCAACUUCUUCAGCUUCUUCAACUGGCUGUGCGUGGCCCUGGCCAUCAUCGGGAUGAUGUGGCUGCGGUACAAGAAGCCAGAGCUGGAGAGGCCCAUCAAGGUGAACAUCUGCCUGCCCAUCUUCUUCAUCCUGGCCUGCCUGUUCCUCAUUGCUGUUUCCUUCUGGAUGACGCCCAAGGAAUGUGGGAUCGGCUUUGCCAUCAUCCUCAGUGGGAUCCCCAUUUACUUCUUCGGGGUCUGGUGGCAAAACAAGCCCAAGUGGGUUCUCCAAGGCAUCUUCUCCGCCACAGUCCUGUGCCAGAAACUGAUGGAAGUGGUUCCUCAGGAAUCCUAGGCAGGAAAAGCAGGGACAUUGAGCUCGAGGAAACGCACAACGUGAUUUUGAGAUGACACAAGGAUCCGACCCCUCACUCCCGAAUCCCAGGCACCGGAGCGCCCCGCGGGAGCUGCUUCCCGCUGCCGCCACGGCCCCAAGGCUCUGCUUCGCCUCCUGCAGCCCCUCCAGCCCCGCCCAGCCUUGCAGCCCAGUGAGGAGAAGUUCUUGGUACGAGCACGAGCCAGGAGGAUGAAUUCCAAAGGGCAAUUCCAGAGAGGUGCUGCCUGUGCCCUCUGUGUGUGUGAGGGCUGUGCUUGGAUCUGGGGGGCUCCUUUGCUUUGCCUCUGGGAUCUGCUGGAGCCUGGUUGGAGUGGUCUGAGCGCCUGAGGGGGCUGGGGCUGCCACAGAGCCCUGGGGGGGACCUUGGCCUGGCCCAGGGGUGGGGUUGGGAAGCGGAGGUUUGCUGAUGUUGCCUCAUCCCCCCCCAAACUAAAACCCCCACGUGCUGCAGGACCCCACCUGGCAGCGGGACAAGGCAGAGCAGGACCAGUGACGUGGGGGGGCCUCAUCCGAGUGGCACUGUGUUCCUCCCUAGAGCCCUGCCACCCUUUGGAUUUGGAUCACCACUCCCAGAUCCAAGCCAGCUCCCUGCUGCUGAGCCAGUCCUCCAGGAUGCUCUUCCCCACAAUGCCCAUCCCAUGGCCCUGGGAAUGAGCACUGAGGGGGGAGUUCCUGCUGAGAAGCCCUGGAACUGCACUCAUCAGAAGGCCAAGUCCUUGGCUUGCUCAUUCCCUGCUUUUCUGUGCCAGGCUUUCAUCCAGUGUGGGAUGAGCAGCCUCGUGCUCUCCUCACAGCCCUGCUCAGGGAGCCGUGUUUGCCCCUAAACCAUCUGCAGAGAGCCAUAAAGGGUGGGAUUCCCCUGGCACAUUCCCUGGGGUCUCUCUGUGCGCUGCCUGGCGCUGUUCCCUUUGUCCUGCUGUGUGUGUCUCCUCUGGAAUGUGCCAUGGAGAUGGGACCAACCGGCUCUGCGGUGUGGAGAAGGGCAGAUGUCCUGGCUGGCUGGAGCCACCUCGGGCUGCUGGAGAUCAUGGAAUGGGGUGGAAAGAGACCUUAAAGCUCUUGGGCAGGGACACCUUCCACCAUCCCAGGUUGCUCCAAGCCCUGUCCAGCCUUGCCGUGGACACUGCCAGGGAUCCAGGGGCAGCCACAGCUGCUCUGGGCGCCCUGUGCCAGGGCCUCCCCACCUGUGAGAAAUGAAAGUGAGUUCUGCCCUUAGGAGCAGGGCCUGGGCCUGAUCCUCCCUCGUGCAUCAGGUCUGGCCUGACGAGAUCCCAGCACCACCCUCCCGUUCAGGAGCGAUCCUGGAGCACAAUCCGUGAUCCACAUGUGAAAUCCUGGUUUGCUGUCGUGGGUGGUGCUGUCCCAUCCCUGAGCACUCCCGGAAUUCCUGUAGUUCCCGAGUAGUCAGCAUUGUCCCCUUAGGGACACGUUGCUUCCUCUGGUCCAAAGUGUCACCUUUGGGAAAGCUGCAGUUCCUGAACCAUUUGCUCCUUGUGCCUCUGCGCUCCAACAUCACUUGGAAUUCUGAUCUUUUCCCCACUGGAGCUGCUUUGCUGUCUGUGUUGCAGAUCUUUGUGCUCGUGCUUUGUGCAGGUGGCUUGGUGAACUAUUUCCCAUUUUUUUUGGUAAACUUGGCCGUUGGGAAGCCAGGAUGCUCUGGGAGCUGUCGCUUCCCGCUGGAUUCUCCUCGCAGCGUAGAGUUCUUUGGGAUGAAGGGGCAUUAAGGACACCAUGGUACUCGCUCAGGCCUUGUCCUGGGAAGUUCUGCAGCACUCCAGGGGUGUCAGGGGAGGGGCAGCUCCUGCCCAGCUGUGUGGCCGUGUCCAGGUGCAGCUCCAUGCUCCGGCUUUGCCAGCCCCGCAUCCUGCUCCGAGGCAGGAAUAGGGGAGACAAUCAGCUCUUUAUUCCAUGGCAGCUGGGGUGGAGAUUCCCAAACCAGCUCAGUGACGGCGUGGAGAUUCCCAAUCCAGCUCUCCGGGAGCUGAGUUAAUCCAUGAGGAUUUGCAGCUGGUUUGGGAAUAUCCAGAGGGCAGAACCCAAAGCUUUUGGCCAGUGCCUGGCUGUGCAGGGACCUACAUGCAAUGAGCUGGUGCAUCUCGGAUCCGAUGCCUGUGGAGAGGCUUUGGCAUAAAUAAGGUCAUGAAUCACAAAACCUGAACUGGAUUUUUGGCUUCUUCCAGCUGAAGGCUGAGAUGGUUUUGAGCAGUGAUGGGAAAUCACAGCUCCUGCUGGAGCUGUUCCAUGGAGAGGGGACCUCAGUCUGUCACCUGCCACUCAGGCUGCAGGUUUUUUUGGCUGUGAGGGUCUCAGGGCAGCUCCUGCAGGGCCUGGGUUCAGCGUGGGGGCUCUCAGUGCCAAAACCCACCAGCAGAAUCCCUUGGGAUGCAAAGCAAAGGCAUUGGAAUCUCAGCCACCUCAACCCAAAGUCAGUUGGCACCAAGGGCCCUCCACAGAGAGCUGAGGAUUGGGGCCGGAGCUCCCAAGGGAUGGCCACUUUGUCCAUCAGGUGCUGGCCAUCACAGUGUCCUCCUGGUGACCCUUUGACACUGGUUUGAAAGAGGAGCUGUCACACUAAAAAAUACUUUUUUAUCAAUUAAUGGAUUUGAAUUAAAUCCUUAACUCGCUCGCUUUGCUUUUUGUGGAUUUUCAUGGUUUCUCACUUGCUGCUGAAGAUCUUUCUCUUGUACUAACCUGAGGCUCUGGCACUGAUCCCACGUUUGUGGGGAUCUCGCCAGCAUCUCCUUAGCAAUAGAGGUUUAGGAAGAAACUGAACCAGGUACCAGCACAGGGCCACAAAAAGGCUGAGUUUGGUCAGCCACAGCUCACAUCUCAAAUUUAUCUGCCAAAAAGCUGAUUUCUUUCACCCUGGAGUUGUUGAUCCCCCAUAGCUUUCCUCCACCAGAGCUUGGUGACACGGCUGGAAGAGCUUGGGUUGGUUUUCCCUGGAGGUUUGGGAGAUGAUGAGGGAGGGGGUACAACUGGAUUUCAUUUAAUAUAGAAAAGACAGUGAAGUCGUUCCUGCCAUCAGGGAAACGGCUGCCACAGCCUCUGCUGUCCCGCGUGGCAGCUUUUCCCGUGGAUCAGCGGCCGUCCGCCCUCGGCUUGCGCUGUUCCCAUGGAUUUGGGUGUGGAAAAGGGAGAACACAUCCCUGGGAAAGAUCUCCUUGCUGCUUGUUUUCUUCAACCCCAGAGUGAGAUGUGUCAGGGAGGGCAGGGAGAGCGACAGAGAGUUCCCAGAGUUUGCCAUCGUUCCCAGCACUGGAGGUGGGAUUUUUCCUGUUGUUUCUCCGUUGUCUUUGGAGCCCGUGGUCGGUCACAGCUCCUGCACCCAUGGAGGGAGAUGAACCCUCCCCACAAGGACCCUGCCACCACAGUGACCUAAACGAGGUUCCACGGGAGUCUCUUGCAUUGACAGCUUCCUGCAAGUACGGCCUGGGCUGUUGUGUCCAUGGAAUUCAGGUUGGAAAAGACCUUGAAGGUCACAAGCCCAUGGGCGGCGCCGUGGCUGUGCCGCAGCGAUCCCGUGCUCCUUGACUGACCCCAGCUUUCAAUUAUUGCUCCUCUCCAGUUGUUUUCGAGUUCAGGCUCCCAGGCUGGCAGUUGUUUGGGGUGUUCACAGAGUUGCAUCCUGCAGGGAUUGCUAAACAGAGCAGGAGCUGCUGGCCAGGCACUUCCGUGCCCGUUGGGUUCCUCUUUCUAAAUGAACCCUUCCUGCAGCUGGGAGGGGAGCCAGCCCUGCUCAGCCCUGCAAAAAUCAGGGGGAUCUAUGUCAUCUUGGUGGAUUUGAAAUGAUUUUUUUUUUUUAAACUUCCUGCCGAAUUUGCAGUGUUUCCCAUCUCAGACACCGUGUUCUGGUAAACGCAGCUUUUGUUUGGAACAGCCCCCUCGGUGGCCACAGAGUUCAAAGGGACUCUGGCACAGUUGAACAAACUUUGAAGGCCCUUCAGCUGGAUUGAAACUCCUGGGAAGUGGCUUUGCUGUUCUCCAAGUCCUCUCCCAGUGGGUGUCUCAGGCAUGGGAAUCAGUUGGGCUUCUGCAGGGGCUGCUCCAUGCUGGGUCUGGGCAGGGGCAGUGGGGUUGCAGCAGAGCUGCUCCCUGAGCUGUGCCUUCCCAACCCUGGAGAGAUGUGCCCAGUGGCAGGGUCCUGGGCUGGCUGCAGGGAAUCCCAGGGAGCGUUUCCACUCGGUCUGGGAAGGUACCUGUGCCUUCAGCCAAGGCCACGGUGCUCUCGCGCUUUAACAAGAAAUAAAAUUCCGAACCAAACCCGUAAGGAAACUGCCAAACGUUGUCAUUGCACAACGCUCCGGCUGCUUGGGGUUGUUCCCAUGGGAUGCCAGCUUUUCCAGCAUCCAUUGUGCAACCCCAGUGCUCAUGACAUGAAAGGGGAGGGCGAUUGGGAAAGGGCUGGAACAAGGCAGCUCCUGGAGCUUGGGAAAGGGCAGCCCUAGGGUGAGGCAGCUCCGGGCUGGUGCCGAGCUCUGGCCGUGACCCCAGGGAUUGAAUCCCAGCCUUGUGCCGGCCCUGGGAGCAUCCCUGGCUCCGGGAUGAGCCAGAGCCAGCCACGCUUGGCUGCCAAGCAGGGAGAUCCUGCAGGGAUGGGAAUCUGCUCCCUCAUCCCUGACAGGACAUCCCAGGGGAGCUCGGUGCUGAGGGAUGUUCCAGGGGUUCCUCAUUCCAGGUGGCUCCUUGAGGAGAUACAGCCAGGAUUGUGCUGGGUUUGCCUGGGCUCACGUUCUUCCCAGUUGGAACUGGAGCUGGCUUGGGAACGUGUGGGGGAUGCUGCUGGUGCAACCAAGAGCUCCCAGUUUGAUGAUGCAGGGUAGGAAAGGUGGCUUGGGGUUGGUGAUCCCAAAGGAUCCGAUACCCAGAGGAUAAUUUCAAGCUUUUCACCCCCCAUUCCUUGCCUGAGCAGGAGUGUUGCUUCCUCCAGCUGUGGGAGUGGUAAUGAGUAAAAACAAAAGUAUUUUUUUAAACACUGAAUUAAUUUCUGAACUGCCUAAAAGAGACUUUAUAGCUACACUGGAGUUCUUCCCGAGGGCUGACGUUCAGCCCGGCGCAGGGGCUCUCCCUCAUCCCGGCCUGUGGGAUGUGCCAGGCUCUGGCUGCGCUGGGAUCAACGUCAAACACAGGGAAAGAAUUCCCUAUUUGUUCAGGGGACAGGGGGAGGUCCAUGUCCCACCAAAAUCCUUGGAGAGGGAGGAUCUUGAGUGGUUCCCAGACCUCGCUCCGACCCUCAGAACAAAGGGAGGGUGACCUUCACUCCUGGUGAAGAAUCUGACUUUUCAGAAACACUUCGCUUUGUAUUUUUGUUGUUUUUUAUUUUAAAAACACAGAAAAAAAAUCCUCUUAACACACACAAGAAAACCUAGACCUGAGUUACAAUUUUGUUAUAUUUGGUUGCUUUAAAAAAAACCUAUUUUACUAAUUUAAAUAUUGCUGUAGAUGACACUAUUUAUUUGAAAGGGGUAAAUAUCUUUUAGUCUUAAUUCUUCUCCAGUAAGCGCUGUGUAUUCCCAACGUUUGUGUUCCUGGCAGCACAGAAUUCCACUGACUGAGGGCUGGUCAGCCAGUAGCUCCUGAAUCCAAUGGCCUUGGACAACAAGAUGUCUCUUGCAAUGUAUGGUUUUGGUUUUUUUUUUGUAGUAUUUCUCGAUUCUUUUAUGUCUGUGGUUUAACAGAUCUGUUCAAUGUUUGGGUUGUUCCAUGUUUUGGGUUGUUUUGUUUUUGUUUUUUUUUUUUAACAAAGAAAGCUGAAUUACAACACUCUCGUUUCUGGUC